AUGGAUCCACCUUUUAAUGAAAUAUACAAAACACUUUUGUAUAAACAGAUCACAAACACAAUAACGUUCCCGGAUAACAAUAUUCCCGAAAUACCCUCUAGCUUCUCCGUCACGGCGGUUAUCGAAGAGGUUGAGCUGCCGGUGAUUGAUGUCAGCCGUCUGAUCAAUGAAGACGAGAAGGAGAGAGAGAAAUGUAAAGAUGAGAUUGCGAGAGCUUCUAAGGAGUGGGGAUUUUUCCAAGUGAUAAACCAUGGAAUGUCAAUGGAUGUGUUGGAGAAGAUGAGACAAGAGCAAAUUAGGGUUUUUAGAGAACCUUUUGAGAAGAAAAGUAAGUCGGAGAAAUUUCCCGCCGGGAGUUACCGGUGGGGAGCCCCGUCAGCCACUUCUCUCCGGCAGCUUUCUUGGUCAGAAGCUUUUCAUGUCCCCAUGACAGACAUUUCUGACAACAAGGACUUCACGACCCUCAGCUCAACAAUGGAGAAAUUUGCUUCGGAAUCAGAGGCACUAGCAUAUAAGUUGGCAGAGGUUCUAGCAGAAAAAUCGGGACGAAAAUCAAAUUUCUUCAAAGAAAACUGUGUAAGAAACACAUGUUAUCUAAGGAUGAACCGAUAUCCACCUUGUCCGAAACCAUCGGAGGUGUACGGUUUAAUGCCACACACGGACAGUGAUUUCCUCACAAUCUUGUAUCAAGAUCAAGUUGGAGGACUCCAACUCAUUAAAGACAAUAAAUGGAUAGCCGUUAAACCUAAUCCUCGUGCUCUCAUCAUCAAUAUUGGUGACUUAUUUCAGGCAUGGAGCAAUGGCAUGUACAAAAGUGUAGAACAUCGUGUGAUGACGAAUCCAACGGUGGAGAGAUUCUCAACGGCUUAUUUUUUGUGUCCAUCAUACGACGCCGUUAUAGAGUGUUCAGGUGAUCGUCCUGCUUACAGAAAUUUCAGCUUCAGAGAAUUCAGACAACAAGUUCAAGAAGAUGUUAAGAAGCUUGGUUUUAAAGUUGGUCUCCCUAGGUUCCUUAACCUUCUCUAUUAA